GUGAAAUUUGAACAAGAAUGGCGGUGUUGUUAGAAACCACUUUAGGAGAUAUUGUUAUCGACUUGUACACAGAGGAAAGACCUAAAGCUUGCUUGAACUUCCUGAAACUGUGCAAAAUUAAGUUCUACAACUACUGCCUCAUUCACAAUGUCCAGAGAGAUUUUAUCAUACAGACCGGAGAUCCUACAGGAACUGGACGUGGAGGAGAAUCCAUCUACUGCAAGCUGUAUGGGGAUCAGGCACGCUUUUUUGAAGCUGAAAAAAUGCCCAGAAUCAAGCACAAGAAGAAAGGAACCGUGUCCAUGGUGAACAACGGCAACGAGCAGCACGGCUCUCAGUUUCUGAUCACUACAGGGGAGAAUGUGGACUACUUGAAUGGUGUACACACCGUGUUUGGGGAGGUGUCGGAGGGAAUGGAUGUCUUGGCCAAAAUCAACGAGGCUUUUGUAGACAAGGACUUUAUUCCUUACCAGGACAUCAGAAUAAAUCACACUGUGAUUCUGGAUGAUCCUUUUGACGACCCUCCAGAUCUGCCGGUCCCAGAUCGCUCCCCUGAGCCCACAAAAGAACAGCUGGAUAGCGGCCGUAUUGGAGCUGAUGAAGUGAUAAACAACACUGAAGGAAAGGAUACAGAGGAGCUGGAUGAAUUAAUAAAAGAGAAGGAAGCAAAGACACAGGCCAUACUGCUGGAAAUGGUAGGCGACCUACCAGACGCAGAAGUCAAACCUCAGGAAAAUGUGCUGUUUGUGUGCAAGCUGAACCCGGUCACUACUGACGAAGACCUGGAGAUCAUCUUCUCUCGCUUCGGCACCAUUCAAUGCUGUGAAAUCAUCAGGGACUGGAAAACCGGCGAGUCUCUGUGCUACGCUUUCAUCGAGUUUGAAAAGGUGGAGGACUGUGAGAAAGCGUACUUUAAGAUGGACAAUGUGCUGAUUGAUGACCGACGCAUCCAUGUGGAUUUCAGCCAGUCAGUGUCCAAGAUUAAAUGGAAAGGCAAAGGUGGGAAGUAUAGUAAAGAAGACUUCAAAGCCUAUGAGAAAGAGCUGGACAACAGGUCCAAACUGUCUCUGAAGGACAAAGUCAAACCCAGACAGGAUUCUCGUUAUGAGCUCCUCCUGGAUGAAGAAGAUGAGAAAGUGAGUCGGAGGGAUGACAGAAAGCAAAGCGAUAAGAGGAGGCAGUCGGAUGAGGAAGACGAGAGAAAGCCAAAAAAAUCCAAGGAUGGCGACGAGAGCCGGAGGGAGCGGAAAGAAGGACGGCAAAGAUCCCGCUCUCGCUCCAGAGACCGAGAAAGGGAGAGACACAGGGAAAGAGAGAGAGACAGGGACAGAGACAGGGACAGCCACCACAAGCACGGUAAGCACAAGGAGAAAAGUCACAGACGCGAUCGCAGCCGCAGCCCUAAGAGAUCGAAAGACAAAGAGCGCAGUCGCCAUCGCUGAUGCUGACAAGAAUGCAAACCAGUACAGGGGUGGUACAAGAAAUUUAAAGGGGGGUGUAAGGAGAUAUGGAACACGAUCGAAACACUAGUCAGAUCAUCAGACUUUGUGAAUGAAGCUUCUGCAGUCUGUGUGCCAAGGUCACUUGGGGCUGAUUAUCACUUGUAAGCAGGCCUGAAAGCCUACAGGGACUUUGCCUAAAAGCGUCUACACUUGUUUUUUCUGGUUUGUCCUUUAAUCUGUCACUUGUCUGUACAUAUUAAACUGCCACUAUUCAGAUUGGUGGCUGAACUGCCCCGGAACACCCCAGUAUAAAUUUGUACAGUGUUGAAUUCUUCUGUAACUGGGUUUGCAUUGUUUUUUUUUUUUUAAUAAAAAAUAAAUAACCAAUA